AUUGGCCUUCUGUGAUGUUUGCAAUGGAAGGAGGGGUGGUACUUAGCCUUGGAAAUCUCUCAACUCAGUAUGCUUGGGCUUUUGUUGGCUUAUCAGUCACAGAAGUGAUCACUGCAAGCAUAACAGUUGUUAUAGGAACAACCUUGAAUUACUUUUUAGACAAUAGAAUUAAUAGAGCCGAGAUCCUUUUCCUUGGCGUUGGCUGCUUCUUGGUUGCAGUUUGCCUUGCUUCUACUGUCAACUCAUCUAAUGCAGCUGAUAAUAGAGAAAAGCUUGAAGGUUUUUCAUCUAAAGAGGGGAGAAAAAUGUCUCUUUCUCCAUCAAUUGGAGGAGAAAAUGAUACUUAAUUUUGAAGGCUUUGUGUUGGGCAGCUGUAGAAUAUUUUGUGCUGAAAGUAGUAACUUUUCAAUAUGUUGUAUAUUUAAGACUACUUGAAUACUUAAAGAACAUUUUGUUGUUGAUGACAAUGUUGAAUGUUUUAAACUAAUUUGUGGAUUGUUAAUACAAUGUUGAAUGUUUUUACUUUU